AUGGCAGAGACACUUCCUGAGAAGGUCGGCUCGGCGGUAGCAGCAGCGCAAGCCGAAGAGAGCGGCUCUGCACCAGCAACAGGAGCAGCAGGGGAAGAUGCAGGAUUGGGAGACCAAUACACGGAGCCCUUCCCGCCCCCACCCCCUGAGGUCAAGGAAAUGGCAAUGGAGCAGGAAAGAGAAAGGGAAAGGGGCAUAGUAGCAGUGAAGGUGAUGCUGACACUCCAGGGUCAAGUCGACGAAGCAAUCAGGGAGUGGCAGCUAUCGCUCAAGGUUUGCUUCUCACUCGCUUGCCGAGGGCCCCACAUGGGCCAGGAACUCAUUCCCCUGGAGCUGCCUUUACAUCUCAAUUUGGCUGCAGCUGCUCUCAAAACUGGGGAAGCUCACACAGCCAUUCACCACUGCACCAGAGCGUUGCAGCUGAAGAAGAGGCACCCCAAGGCGCUCUACAGGCUUGCCAAGGCGCAUCUUAUGGUCAAUGGAUUGCUGCACCAGCUGCGCGGGCAGCAGCUUCCUCUCUACUUUUUGCAACAGCUGUUUUUGCGGCAUCUUCUGCUGCAGGAAUUUCAAGACGCUUCAGAAGCAGCAGAACUGCUGCUGCAAGUGCAGCCAGGUGACCCUUUGGCUCUGUCACUGCAGCAAGAGAUAGCACGGGAACGGGAAUUGCACAAGAUCCAGCAGCGAAAGCUGAUGCGGAAAAUGAUGGGCGUCAGCACCAAGAGCAGCAGCAGCAAGAGCAACACCAGCAACACCAGCAGCACGAACAGCGGCACCCCGUCGAAAGAAGCUGACGAUCCCAGCAUCAAGACCUCCAGCAACACAAGCAGCAGCAGCAACACAGGCAGCAGCAGCAGCAACACGAGCAGUACCACCAGCAGCAGCAACGCAGACAGCAGCAACAGCUUCAUAUGGGACAUACAGUGGCGCAAUGAUGACCAAGACAGCUCUUUGUGGCUCCGUCCGCACUCUUUAGAGUACUUGUCUGAGGAAUGCAAUUUCCCUUUGACUCGCUCUCUCCCCCUCACGCUGCUUUCAGCCCUGCACGAGCUGCAGCUGCAACAGCAGGAGCAGCAGCAGAAGCAAGCUUUGCCCGAUUUGAAGAAGGAUACACUCUGCCUCCAUAUUUUAGGGGCCUCAGCACAUCAUGAGUUGAGCUGCCGCUUCACUUCCAUCUUGGAGAGGUGGCCGCAGCUGAAAACCCUCAUAAUUCUCUUUGUAGGAUUUACUCAAGGGGCGCCCAACCCCACUAAGUUUGAAGGCAAGCCAUCUUUGCUCUUGCUGCUGCUCAGGCUGCUGCUGCCGCACCUGGUGCUGCUGCUGGUGCUUCUUCACCGUGUCCAGCCGCAGCUUCUCUACCUCGUGAAGGGAGAGCUGUCUCCCCCACACUGCGUCAAAGUCGACGGACGAGAGCAGGUCGCUGUUUUCUUCAAAGGCACUUACUCGGAUUUGACGAAGAAAGUCCCCGGCAUUCUCUCCAACCCCAAAUGUACUUUCUUUCCAGAUAUAGCACUUUUCAGCACCCUAGGAGCCCUCCAGGGGCCCUCCAAUGGUACUCAGGCCACAGCAGAAGGGCCAGACACCCUAUCUGAAGCGACAGUGGAGGCACUGCGUCUCCUUAUAGACAACAAUGUGCUAACGGUCGUCACAGAGAGCACUAUGUGCACAGCGGAGGAUGUUGCUGCAUAUUCAUCAGUGACAGCAGCAAGAACAGCCGCAGCACCGCCACUGCCACCCAGCAGGGGCGCGCCAGUAGUUGAGCAGCUAGGUGGCCUGCUGCUGCUUCCCCCCGAACGCAGCAGAUUCCCGCUGCUCCUGGAGCUGCCGUCGGCAGCAGACGGAGCCAGAGCUGCGGAUUUUGCUGCUCGAAAUGCUGCCGCUGCUGCUGAUGCAGCUGCAGCUGCAGCGGAGAGAGCCAAGGGGAAAGCCUGUCCGGAGGCUGUUGCUGCAGCAGAAGCAGCAGCCAAGAAGGCAGCAGCAGACACUGCUGCUGCUGCUGCUGCUGCUGAGCUAGCUGCUGCUGCUGCUGCUGAUGCAGAGUCGAAGGCUGUCAAGCAGCACGUGGCAUGCGCCAAACACGGAAGCUUUUUUGCAUUCAAAGGCCGUGACCCUGGGGCUACUGGUGCUGCCGGAGCUGCCAUGCCGUAG